CACUUGGCAUUAAACGGUAGGAUGAGAAAGUCGUGGCUAGAUCUACUGCCACUGCUGCUGCUUUUGGCCGGCGUCGUCGCUCAUGUGCGAGGAAUCGAUUCAAAGAGCGAACUAUGGAAACGCUACGAACGCGCGACAGAAGCGAAAACAGUACCUUCGGCACGACUGGCGACUAGCAAAAGUUAUCAGCCAUGCAUAGGCCCGGAUAGCAAGCCUGGACAUUGCAGGCACUUGUCCAGCUGCCCCGACGAGUCGUUCAAAACGAAUAUUCCUCGCAUGUUGCAAUACAUGUGCGUCAUCGAAAAGGAGUUCGUUGGUGUCUGCUGCCCGGAUGAGGAGACCGAAGAUAGUCAGAACGACAUACUUCCCGUGGGAGGAUUGGCCGGAUCGCUGCCUGCAAUUGCGAUCGAAGGAGACGACGCCGUUGUCCUGCCGGACGACGAUCGCAACUCCACCCUGGCGAGAAACUCGCGGGCGCACCGUGGAUGCGGCGUGAGUACCCACGAUCAGAGCCGAGUGACCGGCGGACGACCCACGAGCUCGCGGGAGUAUCCCUGGAUCGCGGCUCUUCUCAAGGGCGGCGAGCAGGUUUGCGGUGGCGUGCUCAUCACCGACAGACACGUACUCACGGCUGCCCAUUGCGUUUUCAGAAACAAGCCCAGAGAGCUGAAGGUUCGUCUAGGAGAGUACGAUUUGCGCUUCCCCAACGAGACCCGGGCCAUCGACUUCCGAGUCGUCGAGAUUCGCAUUCACCGCGGCUACGUGCACACGACCUACAAAGAUGACAUCGCCAUACUAAAAAUUCACAAGCCAACGAUAUUUAAUACGUACAUUUGGCCCAUAUGUUUACCACCGGCGGGAGCUGUGUUCGAGAACAAACGGGCUACUGUCAUUGGCUGGGGCACGACUUCGUUCGCUGGCGCCAGUAGCUAUGUACUCAGGGAAGUAAUGGUUCCAAUUUGGCCGCAAGAUGUUUGCUCUGGCAAGUUUACCCAAGAAAUAACUGAGAAAAACUUGUGUGCCGGAGCUUACGAGGGUAACGGAGACGCUUGUCAGGGUGACUCCGGUGGACCGCUGAUGCAUCAAUUGAGCAACGGGCGUUGGAUCAGUGUGGGCAUCGUCUCCUGGGGCAUCGGUUGUGGCGAGCCCGACAAGCCAGGCAUUUACACUCGUGUCAAUUCUUAUCUCGACUGGAUCUUCGCAAAUGCAGUUUUUUAAAGAGAUUCUGUUUUUUCAUUAGCUCGUAGCUCCGUAAAUCUUUUCGAGAAAAAUUUGAAAUAAAAAAAUUAUGAAAUCAAA